AUGUGGGGGGACCGGCCAGAUAAGACGCAACCUUCUUGCAUCUCGACAGCUACCAAAAUUUGUGUCUCAUUGGUUGCCCUGUCGCACUGUAAGCGCUUUACCAAGGUAUGCAUCAAGGGACAUCGGUUCUCAAAGAGCACUUACCUCACUUACACGUGUAAUCUCAUUGCCCCAUCCCCUUCGUCGCUUCGUCACCUCUUGCGGUUUGCGGGCGUUGGCGGGCAGGGGGAGCCCAAUCGAGGUACCGCCCCAGGCAGUAGGGAACCUAGCCAAGGCGGCCGCUCUUGGGGUUGGAAGGCUAAGUACAGGUACGCAACAGGAAUAAGACAUAGUUACAUACACAGUAUACCUGAGGCUCAGAAAUCAGCCGUUCAGCCGUCUUGCCGCAGGAAGGCAUCUAGCGGGCUGUGGUCCAACGCUCCCUACAGACCCACUUGGUUCUCUGUUUUUAGGCUGGAUAUAAACAUGUCGAGGCACAUCAACCCGUCGCCUUCAACAAGUGUGGUGGUAGGUAUCCUCUGCCUCGAUCGGUUUGCACUAAGGGCUGUUGAUCGGUGCUUAGGAAUGGGCGACAUGAUCACAGAGCUGUUCCCAUUAACCGCCAACACCACAUCGCCAUUCACUUUUGCUGUCCCUAAACAACAACACCCUCCGCACUCCUGA